GCCCGAGUAUUUAAGACACGACUCGAAUAUGUCGGUGCAUUAGUUCACGCUGAAACAUAUGUGUGUAAACUAAGAGCUUAAUAAAUACCUAAUUGACAUGAUAAUGCAUUUUUAUGUUUUCUUGUUCUUUAUAUGGAUAUUUCAAUUCACAGAAGUUGACAGCUCUGACAAGUUAAAAGUCUGGUUUGAGGAGCAUGGACUCGUGUGGUUAGAAAACAAAGAUGGGUCUAUGUACUUCCAGCAUCUGGAACUACCGCAGGGAAAGAUCACAGCCGCAUCGCCCCUCACGUACGCUCCGAUAGCGAUGGGAGAGAGGUUUACCCACACAUUCAGUCACGUGGACGCUGACGUCACAGGGAAGGUGAUGGUCGUGGUGGACACACAAACUAGGUCGAUCUUGGCAUACGCCUUUCAAGACAACGGGCAAUUCACCCAGUGGCCGCUUUACGAGGGUAUAUCAGCGAAAGUCAACGGUAUCGCUGUCGACUGGAUGACGCACGUGGUCUACUGGACUGACGCAGCCUAUGACGUCAUACUGGGGGUCGCCAUGGAGAAACCCAACAUGGCGGAGGUGAUCGUUAGCAAGGGCCUGGAUGAACCGCACUCUAUAGUUGUCUAUCCACAGAAAGGGUACAUGUACUGGACGGAUAACGCUGUCACGAAUCCACGCGUGAUGACUUCAAACCUGGGCGGGCGUCACGUGAACGUGCUCUUUAGGCUACACAACACCAGGGCCACCUCGCUAACAAUGGAUUAUGGAGAGGAAAGACUUUACUGGUCGUUCGAAGCGUUUGACGGAACAUCACGCGGCAUCACGUCUGUACACAUUUUUCUCAAAAACAGUAAUAUCACCAUGAUGACGUCUCAGCCGAUACAAGGAUUGGCCUAUUUCAAUCAUCAGAUAGCUACAAUUGAGAGCGGUCAGCUACGUCUCUAUCACGUGAUCACUGGCCGGAACAAAGCUGAACUCACGCUACAUGCUUUCGCCUCUGUCAACGUCACCGGUGAUCCCCGUGACGUCAUAUACCUUUCCCCCGAAAGACAACCCUUCAGGCACAACACGUGUGAGCUGUCCAAGUGCCCCGGCCUGUGUACCAAAAGCAACUACACCGAGUUCUGUCACUGUAUGCAUCAGGAUGGGGAACGCAGCCUCAUGUGUGAUCCCUAUUCAUUCACGGGUAUCGUUUUCGCCAAGGGGGACGGUCUGUACACGACCAAGAUCAACUUCAUCGAGUAUGAACCCCGGAAGUUCCGGAAGCAGAUUGAGCCCAGGCAGUUGCUCAACACUCAGUAUCCGAUCAAAGCCCUUGCCUCGGAUUUUUACAAGCUCCGCAUCUUCUUCUAUGAGUAUCAUACGAACAUAUUAAAAUCGGUGGACACAUUUUCGGAUAGUGAGCCAUCCGUUAUCUCCACCGCCAUCGGUGAAAUAUCAGCCAUAGCUGUGGACACGUCAACACACAACGUGUAUUGGUCGGACAGGAAGCUGAGCCACAUCAUGGUUACCAGUGGCAACGGAACGUUCCCCUACAUCCUACACAGCGGCCUCAAUAACCCAGAGGCCCUAGCAGUGCUUCCCAGCAGACGCUACCUGUUCUGGAGUGAGCUGGGUUCUCGCGGCCUAUUCCGGUCUAGCCUGGACGGCACCGGUCGCACGGAUCUGACACCUCAGACGCUCGAGAUCAGGUCUAUCGCCAUAUACGCGAUAGCUGUAGACUACGACUACGACAUCCUGUAUUUGUGUGACCGGAACUCAGUGUACAGUAUCACGUGGCAGGGCACGGAGCUCAUCCGCCUGUUUACCGGAAAUGACGUCGGUCGAUUCACGGGACUCUCCAUCGUUCAUGAUUAUUUACUGGUGACCGAUACGACGUACAGAAAUGGAGGCGUGCAUGUGUUCGACCGAGCACCACCGAAGGGAAGUAGUUUCCGUUACCUUGGUACCCGAUACUCGGGGUCUAGAUAUGGCAACUGGAAUGGCGUCACAUACCACCACGUGUCUGCCCAGCCUCGUCGGUCUAGCAUAUGUGAUGCACCCGUUGCCAGGUGCGACCAGCUGUGUCUACCUGGUGGUGCCCGGGACGCCACGUGCGUGUGCAGCAUCGGCUACAUCGCUUCCGGCGAGACAUGUUCUAUAGCCCAGCCGCACGUGCCGUUUCUUCUGCUGGUGGACCGGAAGUACCGCCAACUGCUGCAGGUGAACGCCGCUCUGAUGGCGUUUGUGAGCAUCCCGGUCCAGGGCCUCGACCAGCCGUACGCCAUCACGUUCGACCCUGACCGCCAUAUGGUCUACUGGUCUGACCUGGAGCGGGCCACUGUUUCUCGAGCCUUCCUUAACGGUAGUCACCAGGAGAUUGUCAUAUACGACCCAACUAUAUAUGUGGUUGACAUGGCCUUUGACCCCGGAACUCGCAACCUGUUUUACCUAACACGUGACCGCGAGCACGUGCACCACCUCACCAUCGGUGGCCUCCGCGUGCAUCACGUGGACACGUGGAAGACGCUCGCCAUUCUUGACCGCAGCCUGCACGAGCCACACGGGCUAGUACUAGAUGUGGACAACGGACUGGUUUUCUUCACGGAGCAGGGCCACAUCUGGCGGAUGGAUUCUAACGGGAACCAGUCACAGUGCAUUGUGAGACAGGUCAACUCCAAGUUCGUCGCCAGGAGCGAAAACUAUGUAUAUUUUCUUAACACCACCCGAUCUGAUAGCUGGUAUGACGAAGAACAGACGGCAGUUAUGCGUAGUGAUUUAAAUGGCGACAACUUGACGGAACUAUUUUCACUGAUAGGAGAAGUAACGAGUUUCACUGUUGGCCAUGAUUUUAUUUACUGGACUAACAGCAGCACACGUGGCAUUCAAAGAAGCCGGACAUCAGCGCCCGGCACGAUCACCAACCUGGGUCCGCAGAAUGAACUUUUCUUGCCCUCGGAUCUCCAUAUUAACAACCUCGUCGAGAGAAAGGAAAGCUCUUGUGCGCUGCUGUCCUGUGACGGCAUAUGCUUGCCGACGCCGUCGGGACCGGUAUGCGAGGAGCAGGUGAUCACCCGACGAAUAUGGGACAAAGUGGACCCGGACUUGAACGCAGGGCACUGUAAAAUACCGGACAUAGUGAAUGGAGACGUCCUUGACAACUCGCCAGACCACGUGGUACCGAACGGUUACCGGGCGACGGUGACAUGCUACCCGCUGCACACGAUAUCGAGCAGUCACGUGAUUACCUGCAUCAACGGUCAUUGGACUGACGUUCCGUUCUGCAAACUCGAUUACGACAUAUGCGGCGAUUCUCUUCGUGGAUACAAGGUGUACCGCCACUCUGGACAUUUCUUCGCGUAUCCGGAGAGGACGAAAGUCGAGGUGAUCUGCGUUGGCGGCGGGGGAGGUGGCUAUGACGUCACCGAUAACGUCACGCGCAAGCUGGGCAAGGCGGGCGACGGCGGCAGCAGUAGUGUUGGCGGAUAUCUGUUUGCACAUGGAGGCAAAGGGGGUCAACCUGCGGAAGGCGGUCUGGGCGGACACGGCCACUCGAAGGGCGGAGACGGAAGUGACUGGACCGGAAGCUGUGGUACGGGAGGUACCGCGGGGCAAUUGACGCCGAGCUCCAACCCCAUGAUUCCGGGGCGUUCAUACGACCUGUUCUGCGGUUCGGGCGGCUAUUCCGCCGAAUGCCGUGACCGGAUGGAGCGACUUGAGGCGCUUAUUGAUGGGACCGCUGGACCUGGGGGCCGCGAGAGUAACUUUAGAAACCUGUCAGUAGCCGGCGAGUUCGGUGGGGGCGCAGGUGGUAAUGGUGGCGGAAGUGGCGGCGGAGGAGGCUUCUCGCGCCUAAGCAUUACGCUCCCUGCGCAGGAAGUGGUCAAAAUCACAGUUGGGGCCGGUGGAGAGCCGUCGUUCGGCCGCCCGUCGCCAGGGGUCGUCGUGGUAAUGUGGGGGGACUUCCGAGCAGACGAUUACGUCAAAGAUCAUGACGUCAUCAACACCUGCGUUCCAUUCUCUCCAUAACGUCUUGCUUAGUUGUGAAGACUUUUCUUGAACUUCGUCGAUCUGUUUGCGCAUAUUUUCCUUUGAAAUGCUCUUAUUGUACACGACAUUUGUUUAAAUUAUGUACUUGGAUAUGCGAACAAUACAAUUCAAAAUGUUUGUUUUCUGAAAAUGUAUGCAGUUUUCGCCUUUGAUCCGUUUUUGGUUUGUAACUUUUAUAUUUCGUUGUAUAAUUUAGUGAAACAUUAUUAUCACCACGAGGAAAAGUGGGGAUAUUGUGGUUAUCUCCGUCUUCCGUCCGUCCUGGCCACCUGCUCCUCCUACACUAUUAGCACUAGAAACUUACAUACAUGGUAGCUAUGAGCAUAUGUGCAGCAGUGAACUAUUUGGAAUUUUGAUUUUACCCUUGGGUCAAAAGUUAUGGGGGUUGGGGUGGGGCCGGGUCAGAGAUUUUCCUGCGACCGCGAUUCGAAAAGGGCUCAUAACUACUGUUUCCCUUCAGAUAUUGCUUUCAUAUUUGGUAUGCAUGUGUCUCUGGAUAAGAGCUUUCCAUGUGCAUACAAUUGUUGACCCCUGUGACCUUGACCUUGAGGUCAGCUUUCAGGUUUCGAAAUAUGCGACCGCGAUUCGAAAAAGACUAAUACCUACUGUGUCCCUUCAGAUAUUGCUUUCAUAUUUGGUAUGCAUGUGUAUCUGGACAAGAGCUUUCCAUGUGCAUAAAUUAUUUUACCUCUGCGACCUUGACCUUGAACUUGAGGGCAGCGUUCAGGUUUCAAAUUUGCGACCGCGAUUCGAAAAUGGCUAAUACCUACUGUGUCCCUUCAGAUAUUGCUUUCAUAUUUGGUACGCAUGUAUAUCUGGACAACACCUUUCCAUGCGCAUAAAUUUGUUAACUUGGGGGUCCGCGUUCAGGUUUCGAAAUCUGUCCCUUCAGAUAUUGCUUUCAUAAAAAGCUCAUAACGUCUGUGUCCCUUCAGAAAUUGCUUUCAUAUUUGGUAUGCAUGUGUAUCUAGACAAUACCUUUCCAUGCGCUUACAAUUUUUUACCCCUGUGACCUUGACCUUGAAGUCAGCGUUCAGGUUUCAAAAUCUACGACCGCGAUUCGAAAAGGCUCAUAACUACUGUGUCCCUUCAGAUAUUGCUUUCAUAUUUGGUAUGCAUGUGUAUCUGGCGAACACCUUUCCAUGAGCAUACAAUUUUUUACCCCUGUGACCUCGUCCUUGAACUUGAGGUCAGCGUUCAGGUUUCGAAAUCUGCGACCGCGAUUCAAAAAAGGCUCAUACCUACUGCGUCCCUUCAGAUUUGCUUUCAUAUUAUUUUGGUACGCAUGUGUAUCUGGACAACACCUUUCCAUGCGCAUGAAAUUUUUUAACUUUGGGUCCGCGUUCAGGUUUCGAACUCUUCGACCGCGAUUCCAAAAAGCUCAUAACCUCUGUGUCCCUUCAGAUAUUGCUUUCAUAUUUGGUACGCAUGUGUAUCUGGACAAGACCUUUCCAUGCGCAUAAAAUUGUUGACCCCUGUGACCUUGAGGUCCGGGUUUAGAUUUUGAAAUCUAUUAUGUGGUUAUCUCUGCCGUCUGUCCGUCCUGGCCACUAUCUCUUCCUACACUAUUAGUACUAGAACCUUGAAACUUACACACAUGGUAGCUAUGAGCAUAUGUGCGACAGUGCACUAUUUGGAAUUUUGAUCUGACCCUUGCCGAGUUGGGUCAAAAGUUAUUGGGGUUGGGUUGGGGCCGGGUCAGAGAUUUUCACUCAUUUUUUUAGGUUAUUUUUCAUUUCUACACCGAUUUACUUCAGAUUGAUACUGAACAUCUCUUAUGACAAUACAGUCAAUCUCAACCAUGCAUGGCCCCCAUUACCAACCCUGGGGCGCCCCGGGUAAAAGAUGCGGCGUGGGGAUACGCGUCGGCCUCUGCCGCGCCAUUUCUAGUUCUAAGUGUCCUUAAAUUUGUUAACAUUGGUUUGAAAUCACCAUAUUAAUCACAAUGAACAGAUAAGUAAUGUAGCAUGCAAACACUCCAGACGACCCACCUUUUUCGUGGAUAUUUUAUUCCUAGCGGUUAAGAAAUACAACUAUUAGUUGUUUCAUUAUAUUUAUUAUUCAUAUAUUAGUUUGCAUAAUUUUAUUACUUGAAUGAUCGUGUGAAAAAAGAAAACCCAUGUGAUCGAUCACUGCAAUCAUAAACUAAAAAACUUAAUGAAACAAAUUAUGGUAAGCUGCUGAAAUGAAUGUAAAAGAAAUAGCAUUUGCUUGAAAAGAAAAGAAAAAGUAUUUGCUUGAACGAAACUCACCAACAUUUUCAGAGAACUCAUAUUCAAUCUGUAAAUGCUUUACCACAACAGUGUUAAAUAUAUUUGAACAAUUCAUAAAUUAUAAUUACAUGCAUGUUGACUUUUAUGUAUGAUCACAGAUAUGUAUAGGUGUCACAUAUAUUUAUGGCUGUAUAUCACGCUUUCACUAAGUUAAAGUCUUGAAAAUGUGUUUUAAACAAACAGCAUAAUACAGUGAAACAAAAUCGGAUCACAAAAAAUAGUGAUAUUAAUAUAACAAGCUUGACAGGCCAAAGAGAAAACCAAACAGAUGGUAAAAAUGAAUACCAGCAACAAAUCAUGACUUGAACAGUUGUAACUAAGUCUCAAAUGCCAUGCCAGCCCCCAAGCAGGUUCAAAUGCUGCCGGCAUACUUAAAACACAUGAGCCUCCUUCUUGGAAAACGAGGCUUAAUGACAAGACAAGACUUAAAGCUUAAUGUAUGUACGUUAAUUGUCGUCCAAGAUACCCCUACGCAGUCUGCACAGGCAAAUCAGUGAAAACACUUUCUUCUUUUAUGAUAUUUUUCAUUUAAAGAAAGU